AUGGCCCAGCCAAGACUUCUCUUCAUUGAACAAGAUCCGCGCAGAUCCAUCCGAGAGAAGGAGCUGCAGCUGUCGGCAGCUCGUUCUCAUGCCGCAAGGUUAACUCAUCGUCGAAGAAGCCUGAGAAAUCUGGCGCUGCCCUCGGAACCGGAACUCCAGUGGCGUCCCUAUUUUAACUCAAUAGGUCUACUCACAAACAAUGACGCCACCUAUAAGGGGUGUGGAGAUGCCGAAGAAGCCAUGGCGAUCCACUCCCAGAUUUCCAGUCCAUACAGCGUUACACCUCGCACAAAGCAGGCUACUCGUUAUAGGUCAGACACACAGGAUUCUGGGGUCAGCACUGAGGUUCCAGGAUUCCAGGAACUCCUGCCACCAGACAAAAGUGUACAACGGCACACUUUGAAGGAGGUAAAAGCAGCUCCUGGUGGUUGUGCUCUACCAGUGAUGGACCAUACUUACUUGAGCCCUAACACCUUGAUACAGCAUGGCAAUUCGGACCCUUUUUCAGCAUCUCCGAUUAGGAUUACUCCUCGGUAUCACUCCCUGAUCUCUACCUGGCAGAGCGUCUUCACCCAGACUAUAAUUCCUUCGGGAAGCCAGAAAACCGCAACGACCCUCAUGGCAUGGGAAAACGAAGGUAUUGAAAUGAUUAAAUGCGCCGAACAAUUACAUUUCAUCCUUGCUUGGACAUCGUUAUUGCAAUCAUUCACAAUGCCAGCAUCGCAACUGAAAGAGCAGCUGAGAAUGCAAUCCCUAGCACAUAGUACUGCUGGUAUAGCCUCCCUGCGGAAAAACCUGCCGACAAUGGCAAAGCUUCGGACACUUCGUGCUGUGUUCCACCUCAUGGGAGCCGACUUAUACAGUGGUUAUUUACCCGCCGCUGUAUCACAUUUCCAUGCCCUAGUUGAUAUUGUUAUGUCGAUAGGUGGUUUUAACCACCUGCCAUGGGAAACACAAAGAUAUAUCGUUAUCAGCGAUUUGACCAUUUCCGCCGCCAUCAAGGAUACGAAACCCGUUUUUGGCGUUGAUGAAUGGGACCCCGGGCCAGCGGCCACUGUCAUGUCUCCACUUGAGUUGGACACCCUUGCUAUUGACUUAUCAAAACAGCAAUCUCUCCAUAAAGACCUUUCACCCCGUCUUGUCACCAUCUUUGAUGCCCAUCGAGAACUUCUCGCUGUGCACCGAAUAGCGGCGAAUAUAACUGACCCUUCACGAUUGACAAAUAUCCUCUCCUGGGCACAAAUGCGCCAGUAUGCACUAAAGAUUCGUGCGAGUAACAUGAAGAUUACUCUGGACGACCUUUCCAAUUCUCCCAGUAUUUCUAUCGAAAAGGCUCUCUUUGUAGCAGUUGACUACUUCUCCCAAAUCCUGUGGACCCAACUCUAUCCGCAGAGAACAAUCCUUGCGCCGUUCCGCCAUUCGGAUGAUGCAUUCGAGAUUUUCAAAAGUGUUACCGAGCUCGAAUCAUCAUGUCUAACUCUCUGGAUUUUGUUUAUCGCAGCAAUUGUCGAAAUUAUCUCGAAUCGGAGUGGCCACAAAAGCAGCUUUUUCGCCGGAGCACUUAAAAUCACCACGGCCAACUUAGGAUUGCAAUCUCUCGUACAGGUGCGGCAGUCACUGUUCAAAUGCUUAUAUCAGGAAAGAACAUUUGAUCCCUGUCUACACACGCUCAUGGACGCUGCGCAAGAUGUAGACAAGCCAAUAGCCGUCCAGUUCAUUCAGCUUGGACUGUUUGAAUCAAAGGCGCCAAAGGACCCUAGUUCAGCCCAAGACUUUGAGCAGAUGCUGACCUUCUCGUUCGGAACAAAUCAAGAACGAGCCUUAAUCACGUUCCCACGGACAGAGACCCGAAGAGACGGCGGUCAAAGAUGA